GCGACGGACUGUUAGAAAUUCCGCUUUUUCUAAGGAGGUGAUGUCCUUUGUGUUUCCUUUUGCUAACCUAGGAUAGAAGCUAGCUUUGUAGCAAUGGGAGCUCUUUCAGGGAGGACACUGGUCCUAGCAGGAACUAGAGCCUGGUUCUUCGCUAACAGCAGCAAGAAUGGUGGUCUCAGAGUACCCGCAUUUUUCCGGCUGGGCUUUGUGAUUUGCAUUCUGCUACUCGCAGUGGUGCUGCUCAUCUUGGUCAGUGCAGAAUGGAACCAGAGCUGGAAAUCGUCUCAGAAAGCCCGAGCUGCUGCUGCACUGUCGGCGGAAUUCGGCGUCUUGGGUGUUCCCUGGUGCAAAGCGAAGGAAGGCUCUGCGGUUCCUUGGACGAGAGAGGAGCUCGUACAAGGAUUGCAGGAGUUUGUUCCGGUGUACAAGAAGAGACCCAUCAAGAACAAUGCUUUCGGGAUGGGCUUUGAUCAUUCCUUCGGCCUUUGGUUCCUGGCUCGUCAAGUGAAACCUUUGCUCCUCAUCGAAAGCGGCGCGUUCAAAGGGCACUCGACGUGGGUCAUGAGACAGGCUCGGCCGGAGACACCGAUAAUCUCGAUAAGUCCCCGCCAUCCAGAAAAGUACCUCAAGAAAGGUCCCGCAUAUGUGGAUCGCAACACUCGCUACUUCGCAGGAAAGCAGUUCGUGGAUUUCGGAAGCGUCAAGUGGAACAAAGUUCUCGAGGAAGCUGGUGUUCAGGACAGGAGCAGGAUACUUGUGUUCUUCGACGACCACCAGAGCCAGUUGAAAAGGAUCAAACAAGCCAGGGAUGCUGGAUUCCAGCACCUCGUCUUCGAAGAUAACUACGACACCGGGACUGGCGAUCACUACUCGCUCCGGCAAAUCUGUGACCAGCUCCACAUAGAAGGUGGCGGACACAACUGUGACCCCGAAAGCGAAGAGGCACGAACGAGACAGUACAGGAGCAAGAAGUGGGAAAAAGCGAUGGACUCGUCCCAACUUUGUGGAGGCGGCGGCGAGUGGUGGGGCGUCCGCGGCGAGAUGCGUGACAACUUCAACCAUAGCAACGCUCCGAUCUCUCACCAGCAGCACCUCCACAAUGGCCGGCUGGUGGAAUCGAUGCUCCAGCUCUACUGGGAGCUCCCGCCGGUGGCUGGCCCGAGCCUGACCAAGCAGAACCGCUACGACCCCGCCAGGAGCUCCAGGCCGCUGGUGGGCGAUGGAGACCGAACUCUCUUCCGGAAGCUCGGCCUCCAUAGCUUGGAAAAGCGAGUUUUCAAUGGCUACACACAGAUGGCCUACGUUCGUCUGCUAAGCAGCAGCUAAAAAUCGGUCUUUUAUGUGAAAAGAUGAUUCUUUGGCGUGAGAAUAGUUAGAUUAAACAAUUGUAAUUGUCUUUUUCACCUGUGAUGGAAAUGUUCUUUUACGAAGACUUCUAUCAAAAGUAAGCCACGCCUUUUCUC